AUGUCUCCUCAAUUCCCGUCCAAAUCGGCAGAAAAUCUGAAGGUGGCAAACGUCUGCGGUUACUGUCAGAGACAAGGACCUUCCGCCCAAUCAGCAGCCAACAAACUUAGGGAUGGAAUAGUCCAUCUAACCAUCACGCAACUCGAGGAGUCGAAGGAUGAUGGGCACCGUCCGACCGCAGAGGAUGUGGCUCGUCUAUGGGAGGAAUUAAUCAGCGCGGCAUGCGAGCGAGACUGUGGGUGCGCCCAAGUGCUUCGACGACACGUUCAUUGUGACGAGUUGCGGAGUUUCUGGGCAGCAACGAGUGUCGAACACUCAGGAGGAGAGCCGCUGUCGAGAAGACAGAAGAGGAACAAGAAGAAUAACGCAAAAAAGGCCGAGGCUAAGGAUGACCAGCCUCCAGCUCCGAUGGGGAAACAUCACGCAGGACACAGGCGCUACCAAAAAUUAAGGAUGAGGGCAAAGCAGGCCGCGAUGCCUACUCCUACCGUUAGCACCGCCCAAUCCUCUCUCCCUGGCCAAGCAGCUGCCACCGAGUCCAGCAGUUAUGACAUUGAGGGGCUACAACAAGCGCUCCCAAGCGUGCUUUCGGCCGCGCCGCCCGCCGUGUCACCAGCCAAUCCUGGCCAGACCAUCCUCGGCUUGCCUGUUACGUUCGUGGCUACGCUUGCUGUCCACCAAAAGAUGGCGGAGUAG